ACAUUUUAUGUAAUUGAUUAUUCAGAGGGUAGUCCUUGUAACAAUGGCAAAUUUGUAGUUUUUUGUGUUUGAAAUGAUAAUGAGAUUCUGCAAACCAGGAGCACACUGGUGGACAAGGAGUUCUAUAGCAGAAUAACAAACUAGAGCAGAACAUGGCAAGAUCCUCCCCAGGACUGUUUGGGAAAAAAUGACAGGGAAAAAGAGACAAAAUUCUGCUUUUAAUCACUUGAAAAGAAGGCGCAAUCCAGUCAAGUGUUUUCCAGUACAGUUUUACCAGGUUAACAAAUAUAUGGAGAAGAAUUCAGCACCUUUCACGAUAUAGCACAGCAUGGCCACGGUCAGAAAAUUUGAGCCUGUCCUCCUCCUGAGUACAGUAAAGCUCACUACGCUCUGUGAGCACAGGAACGGCCCAGCAAUGUUUGGCCGCCAGCGGUACCAAACGACGCUGGGGAAGGUACAGAAAGAAAGGAGGAAAGAAAAAGGAAGGACAGAGGAAAGAAAAAGAAAUCCUGGCUAAGGAGGUUUUUUGCAAAAAAAGGGAAAGGAAAAAAGGCAAUGGAGGAGAGCCAGGCAGUGGUGGUGGAGGAGGUGGAGGACAGCCAGGCAGUGGUGGUGGAGGAGGUGGAGGACAGCCAGGCAGUGGUGGUGGAGGAGGUGGAGGACAGCCAGGCAGUGGUGGUGGAGGAGGAGAGCCAGGCAGUGGUGGUGAUGGAGGAGGAGAGCCAGGCAGUGGUGGUGAUGGAGGAGGAGAACCUGGCAGUGGUGGUGAUGGAGGAGGAGAACCUGGCAGUGCUGGUGAUGGAGGAGGAGAACCUGGCAGUGCUGGUGAUGGAGGAGGAGAACCAGGCAGUGCUGGUGAUGGAGGAGGAGAACCAGGCAGUGGUGGUGAUGGAGGAGAACCUGGCAGUGGUGGUGAUGGAGGAGGAGAACCAGGCAGUGGUGGUGAUGAAGGAGGAGAACCAGGCAGUGGUGGUGAUGGAGGAGGAGAGCCAGGCAGUAGUGAUGGUGGAGGAGGAGAGCCAGGCAGUGGUGAUGGAGGAGUGCAAGGCAAUGGAGGAGAAGUGCAAGGCAAUGGAGGAGGAGGAGUGCAAGGCAAUGGAGGAGUGCAAGGCAAUGGUGGAGGACAGCAAGGCAAUGGAGGAGGAGUGCAAGGCAAUAGAGCAGGAGUGCAAGGCAAUAGAGCAGGAGUGCAAGGCAAUAGAGCAGGAGUGCAAGGCAAUAGAGCAGGAGUGCAAGGCAAUGGAGGAGUGCAAGUGCAAGGGAUUGGAGGAGGAGUGCAAGUUCAAGGGAUUGGUGGAGGAGUGCAAUGCAACGGUGGAGGAGUGCAAAGUAACGGUGGAGUACAACAAAGCAACAGUGGAGGAGUACAAGGCAAUGGUGGAGGAGUACAACGAAAAGGUGGAGGAGAGCAAAGCAAUGGUGGAGAAGUACAUGGCAAUGGUGGAGGUGUACAAGGCAAUGGUGGAGCAGUACAAAGCAAGGCAGAUGAUGCAAGAUGUAAAUAUUUGUAAAUAA